UCGACUCGUGUCUCUCUGGUCCUCCUCGCCAGUGGCUCCAUCCAGUCAGGCUCUCUGCUCGCUCCACCCACCGUCCCCUCUCCACUCCCUCUGCUCCGGCGAUGGCGGCGGCCGCGCCCCCUCCUCCGGCGGCGGCGCCGGCGCAGCUCAGCAAGAGCAAGAUGUUCGGCGGCCACAUCCUCCGCUUCCGCCACCACAGCGCCGCGCUUGGAUGCCCCAUGACCUUCUCCCUCUUCGUCCCGGCGUCCCCGGCUUCCAACCUCCCCGUGCUGUACUUCCUCUCGGGGCUCACCUGCAACGACGAGAACUUCGUCAUCAAGUCCGGCGCCCAGCGCGCCGCCGCGGCACACGGCAUCGCCCUCGUCGCGCCCGACACCUCCCCGCGUGGCUUAAAUAUAGAAGGAGAGGCGGAUAGUUGGGAUUUUGGUGUUGGUGCUGGAUUUUAUUUGAAUGCCACAAAUGAGAAGUGGAAAAAUUGGCGCAUGUAUGACUAUGUUGUGAAGGAGCUGCCAAAAGUUUUAAGUGACAACUUUGAACAGCUUAACACUUCCAGGGCAUCAAUUUUCGGACAUUCAAUGGGAGGGCAUGGUGCACUGACUAUCUACUUGAAGAACACUGACAAAUACAAGUCGGUUUCUGCGUUUGCUCCAAUUGCUAACCCAAUAAACUGCCCCUGGGGUCAGAAGGCAUUCACAAACUAUUUGGGCACAACUAAAUCAGAAUGGGAGGAUUAUGAUGCGACCUGCUUGAUUAAAAAGUGCAAUGGAGUUUCAACUCCUAUCCUGAUUGACCAGGGAGAUGAUGACAAGUUCCUGGCCGAGCAGCUGCUACCUGGCAACUUCGAGGAGGCGUGCAAGGCUGCCGGGGUUCCCCUGACCCUCCGCAUGCAACCUGGAUAUGACCAUUCCUUCUUUUUCAUCGCGACAUUCAUUGAUGAUCAUAUCGCCCACCAUGCUCAGUUUCUCAAGAGCGCCUGACUGGCAAGUCACCUGUAGUGAUGCAGUCAGUAGAAAGGCGUCUGAGCCAGCCGCGUUGCUUCGAUGAGUGUAAGCCUACCAUCUCUGUUAUCUUCUGUCUGUAAUGGACAUGCUGUUUGUUGGUGAGGUGAACACCUAACGGUUUACCCAGCUGGUAAUAAUUCGGACUGCUGUUAUCGCGUCUCAAGCGUGCCACAGCUGUCAUUUGCUUUGUGUAAUCGUUGGCCCGGGCGCGAGCUAUUUUCUGGAGGAAAGAAGUGAUUGUAUGUGCCA